AUGGCUGCGUACUUUCUUCCAUACUUCAGCACUUACCCUGACGAGGAUUUUGACAAUAGCCUCUUCACGUUCCAUGGGCAUUUAUAUACCUCCAAUAAUGACCAGAUAAAAGCCGUGAUAAGUUUGAGCACUGGGACCAAGGCCAACAUCAUGCGACUGGAUGUCUUUGAGAAACUAGGGCUGGAGAAAGAGCCAACUGCAGAUAUUCUGGUGCCAUUACAGUCAGCAGGGAACGGCGAAUCUAUCAAACCAGUUGGUAUAGCCCGAAGUGUUUGUUGGGCCAUGAAAGAUGAAAUUACCGAUUAUGUGUCGGACUUUUAUGUGGUCAGCGGGGAACAUCCGUUCGAUGUAGUUAUCGGUAAUCGGGAUAUCAUAAACCACCGUCUCCUGAUUUUUGGAUCAGGAUACCGUUAUGGUAGUCCGAGAUGCCAUGGAAAUUUGCCCAAACUUCCAGGUGUACAGGACUGA